AAUUCCACAAGCCCCUGGUCAUUAUGUAUGAAAUGUAUGUAACGGAUAAAAAUACAUCAAUAUUUGGCUUUUGUCAAUUUAAAUGCAGUGUAAAACACAGUAGAAUCACAUGCAUUCGCGUGUUUCUGCGCUGCUACGUUGCAGCUGUCCACCGGAAACAGAGUGCUGUAAUCUUUACGUAGAACUUGACGGUGUGGCUGUGGAUGCAGGGGAGGGAUCUGGAGCUAUUUAAAGAGACUCAUCCAGUCCUGGUCUGGAUUAAUAACCGAGCAACUACAGAGUGGUCCAACUGUCUGUAAAUGGUCUUCAUCCUGGAGCGUGUGUCUGCGUGUGGACUCCUGUCACCGCCCGUUCGUUCAGCCUGAGGCCGCCGGACUGCUGUCACAUCCUCCAUCUCUUCCACCGGAGCUUUUCUCGUUUAUAUAUAUAUAUUUAUUUAUUUUUUAAUUUUCUCCGGGCUGGGUGCAAGGAAAAUGGGCAAAGAUUAUUACAAAACGCUGGGUAUCUCCAAAGGAUCAACGGAGGAGGACAUAAAGAAAGCCUACAGGAAACAAGCGCUGAAAUGGCAUCCGGAUAAAAACAAGUCUGCAGCCGCCGAGGAGAAAUUUAAGGAGAUCGCCGAGGCUUACGAAGUCCUGAGUGAUCCGAAGAAAAGAGAGAUUUAUGACCAGUAUGGAGAGGAAGGCCUGAAGGGAGGAAAUGGACCCACCGGAGAAGGUCCAGGAAACACUUUCACCUACACCUUCCAUGGGGAUCCUCACGCGACCUUUGCCACGUUCUUUGGUGGCUCCAACCCCUUUGAGAUGUUCUUUGGUUGUAAAGCCAACGGGCGAGAUGACGAGGACAUGGAGGUGGAUGGAAACGAUCCUUUUGGCUCGUUCACCAGCUUUAACCUGAACGGCUUCCCCAGGGACGGCCACACCGGCCUGGGAGGGCAGCAGCGACGGAAGCAGGACCCGGCCAUCAUUCAUGAACUGAGGGUCUCCCUGGAGGAGGUAUUCCACGGUUGUACAAAGAGGAUGAAAAUCUCUCGGAAAAGGCUGCACCCCGACGGCAGGACCAUGCGCACGGAGGACAAAAUCCUCACUAUUGAGAUUAAGAGAGGCUGGAAAGAAGGGACCAAGAUCACCUUCCCGCGAGAGGGAGACGCGGGGCCAAACACCACUCCUGCUGACCCUGCUGACAUUGUUUUUGUCAUCAAGGAUAAACCACAUCCUCACUUUAGGCGGGAAGGAUCCAACAUUGUUUAUCCUGUUCGUGUGAGCCUACGACAGUCCUUGUGCGGCUGCUCGGUGACUGUGUCAACGAUAGACGGCAAUACGUGCAACAUGAAGAUCACAGAUGUCGUCAAGCCAGGCAUGAGAAGGACUGUGGCUGGACAGGGUCUGCCGUUCCCCAAAAACCCAGAGAAGAGGGGGGAUCUGAUAGUGGAGUUUGACGUGAACUUUCCAGAAACUUUGCCGGGCAACGCCAAGGACGUCCUGAAACGGCAUUUACCCGCGUAGGACGAGCGACUCGUGUUCAUGGAUGAGGUGGUCGUUUCCAAACGCACAUUUUUGGAACUUUUGUGACAGCUCACAGACGGAGCCUCCACGAACAGAUGUGCAGCUUCUAUUUUUGAGCUGGUAUUGUCUGUGUUUUUAUAAAUACAGUGCAUGAUGACGACAGGCCGCUGCAGCUGACCGACUGUUUGGAAUGAUGAUAUCUAUAAGAACACAUUCAUGUGUGUAGGUCUUUCCCACUUUACCGCCAUUUCCUGGAGAUGUUUCGUAGUGAAUGAGUCCACGGUUGCCCAAGAAAGCCCUCGUGAUCGUGGGAAAUCAGCAGUGCCAAAUCGUAUGUUUUAUAGCUCUCGUUUAGAUUUUGUCCUUUUGCAGACGGUCUUAAAUUAUGUGCCAAAGUUAUUAAAGAGAAGAAACGUCAAAUGAACUGUAAUAAUUUUUCCCUGUAAAGAAACUAAACUUGAACUUCAAAAUAAAUAUUUCCACAUGAACUGAUCUCCUGUCUGCUCCUGUCAGGAGGAGAAGUUAACAGUGUAUCAACAAUAAUUAUAUCAUCUUAGGCCUAGAAAUAGCCAUUCUGCAGA